AUCAACAACAGGCACGCGGGGACUUCCCGCAGCCAAUCACAGCUCCGCUUUGACCAGUUUAAUAAAGUUCGAUUUUUUUCCUGCAGUUUCGCUUCGUGUUUCGAAGAAACCGCGUCUUGUAGUCGGCUCUAAAGAUGCGGGAGAACCGAGCAGCUCCGGCUGUGUGCAACAAAGAUCUGCUCGGGGAGAGAGUCGCGAGCAGAAAGAGGCUCCUGUGAAGAAAGAAAGAAAGAAAGAAGAUGUAUCUAUGGCGCUGCUCCAUCGCCAUAACCCUCGGCUUGGUGUGGUAUUUUUCAGACUGCGGUCGCACUGUGACCCAGUACUUUCUCUGUUUCCUUUUUUGUUUUUACACUCCACUGCUGUUCGGGUCCAGUGGACGAGAGAGCAGCACUCAAACUGAUGAAGAGGCGAAGGAAAACACAUUUCAGGAAUCUGCCAGAGGAGAGCUGUUUGGUGAUUUGACAGAUGCAAAAAGCAGCGAGCAGACUGAACCACUGGAGUCUCAGUACCCACAUGUAAAGACGGCUCUGCAGCAAGUGUUCGAGUGCGCCUACGCCCAGCUGAUCCUGCCUUGGUACGCCGUUCCCGAGCCGCGCGAGCACCAGCCUCUGCACCAGGUGCUCAGCGGGGAGUUCGACUUUGUAAUUGACCGGAUCAUUGCAAGAGCCAAAGACUUUGAUGUUUGCCAGGCAGUCGUGGGCUCCGUUCGCAUUCUGACCCAGCACUUGCAUAAUGCGAAGCAGUCUGACAGAGAGCUCUUGUUCAGCUCCAGAGCGGAGGAGAUCGCAGUUCUCCGAGAAUUUUCAGACGCUCUGGUACGUAACCUUUUUCCCGAAUCUCUCUGGGACCGAGAAGUCAACCGCUGUGCCUUAAAUGAGAUCAUUGCCUUAAAGGGGUUGGGCCUGGUGGUGGCAUGGCUGUCGGACCCCGACAACCUGAACCAGCUGGUGGUGAGCCAGCUGGACAGUGUAACCCCCAAAGGCUCCGUGGAGGAGCUGUGUGGAUCAGACCCAGAUCAAACCUCGAUGGCUUCACAGGAGGGCGAGGGCGAAGGCGAGGGCAGUCAAGUGAGCUUGGAAGGAGCGGGGAGUUCAACCAGCACCAGGAUCAAGGCAAAGAGGAAAGCUAACAAAUUAAAAGCAGGCUGGUCUAAACUUGUCGACAAGGUGAAGUCUAAGAAGGCCAAGAAGAAGAAGAUGAAGAAGGUGGAGCAGGAGCUGAUUCUCCGGGUCAUGGCGAUCCAGGGCGACGUGUCCGGCGACGACGAUGUCAGCAGCAGGGAGGGCUCCCUGCACAGCCAGCAGGACUCUGACAGGGACGACAGCGAUCUGGAAGACUACUUGACAGGCGUCCAAGAGGACAUGAUGGAAUUCAAGCUGUCAUAUGAGAUGUGGCGCGUUGGCCGCUGGGCUGUCAGCAUCCCUCAUGUGGACGGGGACGAGGAGGAGCUCAUCUUCACCGUUCACCUGGAGGAGAAGGGCAGCCCCGAGAACCUGCAGUGGGACAUCAAGAAGACAUACAUGGAUGUUAUAUACUUCCGCAACAGAUGGCAGGACACAACCAGCUUGCCUUCAAUCCUGGUGCUGCAGGAGUCAGAGGUUAAUGAUGGGCUUAAAGAAGAAGCUCGCAUAUCAGUGGAGACCUUCCUGCAGGAGUUAGUUUCUGAUAAUCUGAUCGGCCACACUCAACCGGUUUUCCAGUUCCUCUGUCCUCUCGACAAACUGCUGAAUGAGGAGGAGCAUUAUGGGGGCGUGUGGGGCCUCCUCAGUGGCUUGGCCUACUUCCUGACCCCGGGUCAAGAGGAAGAGGAGAGCUCCAGCCCUCAGACUGAAGCCCCGAAAGAAAUCACAACACAGUCUCUACAUCCAGAACCGAGUGCUCUGCCUUCAGAAAACCCUGGUGCCUUUACUGAGAAGGGCAGUGAUGUUCCCGGUGCUUCAAUCCCAACUAUAGUUAUCUCUCAGUAUGACGCUCCUUCAGAGGAGGCAGGAGCAGAAACCGAAAAGGAGCCGCAGUCUGCUGUGAACUCCGACUCUUCAAAUGAAAACUGUUCUCAGGACAAAACGGAGGACUCUGAUAAUCCCUUAACCUCUCACUUUAAAAUGAUUUUCAAAGGACUGACUCGUUCCCGGUCGCAAGAGUCUCUGGUCUCGACAAAAAGCACCGGCGACGAAGACCUGCCCGAGUCGGGCUCCACGCCACACUGCAGCCAGAACGGAGUCCUGCAUGGGGAGAGCACAGAAGGCCCAUCGUGGCUUCACUUCAGCGCAAGGUCGCAUAAAAAGGAUAGAACAUGUUUUAAGAUGUCAGGCGGAGUGAGCAGAGCUAAAGUGAAGGACCAGGGCACUUCACCGAGAGGGGACGAUUCCCAGUGUCAGAAGAGUCAAGUGAACUGGGAGCAGAUGGAGGCGACCAAAGCCCUGUUUGACCUGCUGAAAGAAAUAUCUGGAAACUCCAUCCUCAUAAACAUAUUUGAUGCCAUGUUGAAGCCAGUUAUGCCCAUUUUAAAGAAAAAAGUGAACUCUUUCCUGAACAAGAUGAACCCGACAGAGAUGCAGAUGGCUUCAUACAUCGACACCAUGCGGGAGAAACUGUGGCCAGACUUUCAGCCAGCUCCUCCUGCUCCUCCUCCUCGCACCGACGAGGAGAAGAACGAGACCAGGGAACGAGCGCACAACCUGAUCAACGCCAGAUACUCAAACUAUCUCAUCCUGAAGAAGACGGACAUGGAAUCUGUGUUUAAUCUUUUUCAGGACAGUGAAGAAAACAAAAUGCUAGUAUAUAUGCUUCUGUCAUUCCUAUUGAGGGAACUUCUUCCCAACGAGCAGCAUUCCCUCCAUGUGCUGCAGAAAGUCACCAACUCCACUAACUGACCUGUGAACCCUUGAUGUUGUUUUAAAUGGUACCUUCUUUUUAAACUUUUUUUUUUAGAAUAUCAAAUUAUUUAUUAAACAUCUUAAAAUGCCUUACAAUAUUUGUGUCAAACACUCCUCAAUGUCAUUUUUUACCUCAAACAUACUGUGAAUUUGUGGAUUUCCUUGUGGUUUUUAUUUUGUAAAGCUAAAACUUGUAGGUGAUUAAGCAGACUUAAAAAUGUGUGAAAUCAGGAGCGUACUAUGUGGGACCCAGCUUUGUACUUUUAUUGUAAAACUAAGGGGAGAAAGUAAAAAAAAAUGUAAAAAAAAUCAUAUUUACAGUUUGAAUUACACCCUUCACGUUAAUGUCAAAUCAUUUCAAUAUUCUCAAAUAUUUUGUGUCACUUUGAGCACUUUUAUAAGGUGAGAGUGUUUGUUUUCUGGUUAAUAUGACCUAAAGAUAAAUAACGAAAGAAUAUCCCACAAUUACCAAUCACUUAAAUAUGUCAAAGUGGACAGGACCACUAUCAAAGAAAACUGUUGUUGUAAAUGAGUUUAUUUCACAUUUUAAUAAAGAUUUUUUCCAGUUA